CGGAAGUUCUGUUGUUUUGUGAGAGCAUAAAAAGUUGUUAGUUUGUAUCAAUUCUGCGGUUUAUUGAGAAAUCGCAGAUUUUAGUAAUUCAUGUAGCCUAACUAGGCUACAUCCCGAGGUUGGUUAGUCAGUAAUCAGUCUUUUGGUGAAUAGUUGUAGGUUUUAUUCCCAACACCAACCCUUUCUUCAAAUGACGGAGGGGUAACUUAAUUAUACGUGUCAGGUGUAGGCUAAUAAGAAUGGUUUAAAUAGUUUAAAUAAUUUAAUAUAGCCUACACGAUGGCAGUGACGUAUACCACAAUACUAUGUUUAACCCCUGUUUCAAUCCAAUAUUUUUUAUGCCUCAUGCAUUAGAAUUCGUGUAGCCUGAUAUGAAUGUCACAUAACAGAAAAAAACGAACCUUUGAAGCAUUUAUGUAGACAGUUUUGAGGUGAAAUUACAUCAGAACGACAGAAAUGUCUGAAUAGAUGGGAGGGAGCAAGGACAAAAACAUCGGUUCUACGUGACGUAAAGCACACGAAUAGUUGCUAGUUAGUUCAACGCGACAAUAAAGCAGUCUCCCCGUACCUUACAAAAUUAAAGCUACGUAUAAAUAAGGAUGCACAACGACAACUGACGAUUAAAUUACAACACCAUCCUUGUCAAGACUGUUGUGGAGCAUGACGUGAAAAUAAAGCAGCGCAUGACAUACGAGGUCCUUUUUUCCUUUUGGCUGGGUUAAGGAAAUAUUGCCCUGUUUCGCUAGCUAGCUAGAUAACGUAGGCUAUACAAGCAGGUCCGCCGCAGCGGCUGCACAGACAUCAGUGGCUAGCAUGAUGAGCUUUGAGGGGAUCCACCAAACGAUCAUCAGUAUUUGUGCACUGCAGCGUUUUUAAUGUAGGCUAGUAUUUGUUUUCCUCGGGUCCAGUCGGGUAAUUCACUGUCCGAGAUGGGGAAGGAAAUCAACGGUGUGUCUCGGAGCCGGUUUGAGAUGUUCUCAAACAGCGAUGAAGCUGUCAUCAACAGGAAGCUGCCGAAGGAGCUGCUGCUUCGGAUCUUCUCCUUCUUGGAUGUGGUGACUCUCUGCCGCUGUGCCCAGGUCUCACGGGCUUGGAAUGUGCUGGCUUUGGACGGCAGUAACUGGCAGAGGAUAGACCUGUUUGACUUCCAGAGAGACAUUGAGGGCCGUGUUGUGGAGAACAUCUCCAAGCGAUGUGGAGGCUUCCUGAGGAAGCUGAGCCUAAGGGGAUGCCUUGGCGUCGGAGACAGUGCACUAAGGACCUUCGCCCAGAACUGCAGGAACAUCGAGUUACUCAGCCUGAACGGCUGCACCAAGAUCACAGACACCACGUGUAACAGUCUCAGUAAGUUCUGUCCGAAACUGAAACACUUGGACUUGGCCUCCUGCACCUCCGUCACUAACCUGUCCCUGAAAGCGCUCAGUGAAGGCUGCCCCCUGCUGGAGCAGCUGAACAUCUCCUGGUGUGACCAGGUGACCAAGGACGGGAUCCAGGCGCUGGUGCGCUGCUGUCCGAGCCUGAAGGGCCUGUUUCUCAAGGGCUGCACACAGUUGGAGGAUGAUGCACUGAAGUACAUUGGUGGCCAUUGUCCUGAGCUGAUCACCCUCAAUCUACAGACAUGCUCGCAGAUCACGGACGAGGGCCUCAUCUGUAUCUGCCGGGGCUGCCACCAGCUGCAGUCCCUCUGCGUGUCCGGCUGCGCCAACAUCACGGACGCCUCGCUCAACGCGCUGGGACAGAACUGCCCGCGUCUCAGAAUACUGGAGGUGGCUCGCUGCUCCCAGCUCACUGAUGUGGGAUUCACUACUCUAGCACGGAACUGUCAUGAGCUGGAGAAGAUGGAUCUGGAGGAGUGUGUGCAGAUCACAGACGGCACUCUCAUCCAGCUUUCCGUUCACUGCCCUCGGCUGCAGGUCCUGACACUUUCCCUGGGUUGGCGUGUCUCAGAGCCUGUCGCACUGCGAGCUGAUCACGGACGAUGGGAUCAGGCACCUGGGGGGCGGCCCCUGCGCCCACGACCGUCUGGAGGUCAUCGAGCUGGACAACUGCCCGCUGAUCACCGACGCCUCGCUGGAGCACCUGAAGAACUGCCACAGCCUGGACCGCAUCGAGCUCUACGACUGCCAGCAGAUCACCCGCGCCGGCAUCAAGAGGCUGAGGACUCACCUGCCCAACAUCAAAGUACACGCCUACUUCGCCCCGGUGACUCCGCCCCCCUCCGUCGGGGGAAGCAGGCAGAGGUUCUGCCGCUGCUGCAUCCUGCUAUGAUGUCAGCGACCCUCCCCCUCCCUUCGCCCACUUCCUGUGUGAGAGUCCACAUCUGCAUGGCCCCUCCUACUCCACACCUCAGUGUGGGACGUGGUCACCUGAGGGACUGAGACAUCCUCACCUGGACUGAAGACACGCCCCUGCCACACUCCUGACCCCGCCCCCCGCCACGCACAUCUCCACAUUCCUAUGACACACUGCCUAUUUAUGCUGCAAAGCAAACACACAUGUACAAACACACAUAGGUACGUACACACACACACACACACCCAUGGCCUGUACACAAAUACACAUGCACGCAUGUAUGCAUAUGUUUGUACACGGGUGUACUGUACAUGCAUACACACACACACACACACGUACACACAAGCAUAUGGCUCGUACACGAAUGCACAUGCACACACGCAGGCAUAUGCUUGUACACGGAUAUACUGUACAUGUAUUCACACACUCACACACACACACACACACACACACACACGCGCGCGCGUCACGCUUCGACACUCUUCCCUCUCACAUUUUGAAACUCCACUGUACUCAAAAGAAAACCAUAUAUUUUUUCUAAAGGACAAAAAGAGAUUUACGAGAAACGGGGACCUGAGAAAAUGCCAAAAGCUGCAUGUUAGAAUUCUAUUUUUUUGUAAUAUAAGCGUGUAAAGGAGGCUGCUCUCACGGAGCAACAUUCCAGGCUUCCCCCGGUUUCACUGUGCGGGUGUGCGGGCGACGUCUACGCCCGUGGUGUGAAUCGCAAAGCAAGGACCUGUCCCGUUUCACGAGCUAGCUGUGUGAGGGCAGGGCGGGGCCUCGACGCUCUCCUGCGCUGCCCGCGACCACGGCUGGGGGGGGCAGAGGGCGGGGGAACUCAAGUGACAAAUGGCCUUAUUUAAAAACCCAGCUGGGCCUGAGAUGCUGCUAAGGGAUCCUGUCAAUUUCCCUGACAAAGGAGGGAGGGAGAGAGAGAAGGAGGGAAGGAAGGAGGGAUGGAGGUGGACUUGAGCUCCACGGAGGACGGACAGCGGGGCGACCUGUGACCCCAGGAACUGAAGCCGGGUGGCGACAUGUCCACGGACUUCCCAAACCUAAAGAGAGGGAGCCUACAAUCCAUCCCUGCAAACUGUCACACCCACCAACCGGACCAUCCAACGAGCUCUGGAGAUGAGAAAAAUACAUAAAGAGAGAAUUAGGGGCAUAUAUGAGUACAGUGAGGGAAGAUGCACAGGUUUGAAAAACAGAACACUGGCUUUAGUCAGGAUGCAGAUUCUGUGCUAUAUUAACAUGGUUGUUUGUCGAAUGUCAGCCAGUGUAUGAAUGAUGCAGUCGGAAUAUCUCUGGUUUGCAUAUCUGUACACGGUUAGUGAACGCGGUCUGAUUGAGAAGGACUUUUACAACGGUCUACAGACUUGACUGGCACACUGUCUGAAUUUGCCUGUACAACUCAGUUCUUCUUCUUUGGUAUUACUUCCUGCCAGUUCCCAUCAUCCUAUUCUCUGGUUUGGAUGGAUGACCGUGUUCUCGCCGGGUGAAUAAAUGACAGUCUUUGGCCUUGGUU